CUGGGAGGAAUAGAGGCGUAGACGUCACACAGGCCACGCCCCCUUCGCGUCCCACUGGAAGGAAUAUAGGCGUCGACGUCACACAGGCCACGCCCCCUUCGUGUCCCACUGGGAGGGAGAGGCGUAGACGUCGCCCAGGCCACGCCGCCCUCGCGGCCGCCGCCGCCAUUUUGUGAGGAAGGACGAAGGAACAAAGAGGAAGAAUGAGGGAAAUGAGGAGUCUAUAGAGUCACCUAUUGGGUGCAGUAAGGACUCCAAUAAUAUAGGAAGAAGAAGAAACCCUCUCAAGGUGAUGGCCCUGCUGAAUUCUUGACCUCACUUACAAAUAAGAAAGGAAAAAGGAAGAACUAAGUAUCUGUAUUGCAAUUCAACACCCAUAUUAUUAUCAAAAUGGAGAAAGCUUCUAAAGGACUGGAGUGUGAAAAGUAUUUCACACAGAGGGAUCAUCUACAGCAACAUGAAAGGAUUCCUACUGGAGAGGAGCACUAUGAAUGCACGGAGUGCGGAAAGAACUUCACUCAAAAAUCAAAUCUACAUAUACAUCAAAGGACUCACACUGGGGAGAAACCGUAUAAAUGCCUGGAGUGUGGACACAGCUUCAUUCAGAGUUCAGAUCUACGUUCACAUCAAAGGACUCACACUGGGGAGAAACCCUAUAUAUGCCUGGAAUGUGGACAGAACUUCACUCAGAAUGCACACCUACGUUCUCAUCAAAGGAUUCACACUGGGGAGAAACCCUAUAAAUGCUUGGAGUGUGAACAGAGCUUUAGUCAUAGUUCAGGUCUGCGUUGGCAUCAAAGGGCUCACACUGGGGAGAAACCCUAUCAAUGCCUGGAGUGUGGAAAGAGCUUCAGUCAGAGUUCAGAGCUACGUGCACAUGAAAGGAUUCACACUGGGGAGAAACCCUAUCUGUGCCUGGAAUGUGGACAGAGCUUCACUCAGAAUGCACACCUACGUUCACAUCAAAGGAUUCACACUGGGGAAAAACCCUAUAAAUGCCUGGAGUGUGGACAGAGCUUCAGUCAUAGUUCAGGUCUACGUUUGCAUCAAAGGGCUCACACUGGGGAGAAACCCUUUAAAUGCCUGGAGUGUGGACAGAGCUUCACUCGGAGUUCAGAUCUACUUUCACAUGAAAGGACUCAUACUGGAGAAAAACCCUAUACAUGCCUGGAAUGUGGGCAGAGCUUUACUCAGAAUGCAUACCUACGUUCGCAUCAAAGGAUUCACACUGGGGAGAAACCCUAUAAAUGCUUGGAGUGUGGACAGAACUUCACUCAUAGUUCAGGUCUACGUUCACAUCAAAAGACUCACACUGGGGAGAAACCCUAUAAAUGCCUUGAUUGUGGGAAGAGCUUCACUUAUAGUUCAGGUCUACGUUUGCAUCAAAGGACUCACACUGGGGAAAAACCAUAUACAUGCCUGGAGUGUGGAAAGAGUUUCACUCAGAGUUCAGCUCUACAUUUACAUCAAAGGACUCAUACUGGAGAGAAACCCUAUAAAUGCUUGGAGUGUGGACAGUGCUUCAUUCGGAGUGCAAAUCUACAUUCACAUGAAAGGACUCACACUGGGGAGAAACCUUAUACAUGCCUGGAAUGUGGACAGAGCUUCACUCAGAAUGCACGCCUACGUUCGCAUCAAGGGAUUCACACUGGGGAGAAGCCCUAUAAAUGUUUGGAGUGUGGAAAGAGCUUCUCUUAUAGUUCAGGUCUACGUUCACAUGAAAGGACUCACACUGUGGAGAAAACCUAUACAUGAGUGGAAUGUGGACAGAGCUUCUCUCAGAAUUCACACCUACGUUCACAUCAAAGGACUCACACUAGGGAGAAACCCUAUAAGUGCUUGGAGUACUUCACUUGUAGUGCAAGUCUACAUUUGCAUCAAAGUACUCACACAGGGGAGAAACUCUAAAUAAUUGGAGUGGACAGAGCUUCAAUCUUAAUUCAGAUCUACAUUCACAUUUCAUCAUUAAAAUAGUUUAUUGCAUAUUCACAUCAAAGGACUCUGUGGAGAAACUAUGCAUAUGCAUGGCUGCGCUCAUCGGAACUAUCAACAGCCUCCAGACAGGUCAUUGAGGAGCUUCCCUCCAAUGCCCUUGACCUGUUCAACUCAGGUAUGGAUGACAAGCCAAAGUCCAACCACAAGUUCAAGAUCCUGGCAGCGAAAUACAACGCCCAACCCUGACAGUUGUCCCAGAGGACCAAGUGAUACGAACUCCGGUACAGGAACCAAACCAGUCUUAGUAUUGCCAGCAACAAAGGCCGUUUCCAGCCCCAUCAACACAACAUCAACCUUCCUCUGUUUAAGAGCCUCCAAAGAAGGCGACUCCACUACACUCUGGGGCAAAGAGUUCCAUUGCUGAACAGCUCUCACAGGAAGUUCUUCUUAAUAUUCAGAUGGAACAAAGAUACAUGAAGAUCUCAAAAUGAUAAAGAUGUACUUAUUACUCUAAUUGUCACCAAUCUUACGGCAGAAUAAACAUGAUUUGGGCCUCCAGUCAAAUUUAUAAUUGGAUAAAAAACUAUGAUCCAUCCGACACAUAUCUGAGACCCCAACCCAAUAUUUGUGGAAAUAAAAUUAACACCAAGAAAAUUUAUAUGGAGACUCAAUGGUAAUCUAUUAAGAGAAGAAAACAUUGUUAAAACAAUGCAACGAUAUGAUUAGGGAAUUUUAAAACACAAUUUGACCCCAAGAAUGUCAUUAAGAUCUAUUUGAGACACACUGAAGGCCUAUAUGAGGGACAUUUUGAUUCCCAAAAAAAUUGAACAGAAAAAGAAGAAGCAACAUCAAAUAAACAAAAUCCAAGAUAAAAGUAAAGACAAAGAAAUCCAAAUUGGAUCUCUCCCAGUGAAUACUAAAUUAAAAGAACUAAAACAACUAAAAAUACAAAUAUCCAUUCUCCUUAUGGAUAAAAUGGAAAAAAUUAUAAUUUGAAAAACAAAAUAGUUUUGAGUAUGCAAAUACACUAGGAAGAUGGCUGCCCAACAAACUUAAAAGAGAAAAAGAGAAUUACAACAAUUGAAGAAAAUGGUCAGGACAUCACAGGAGAUACAAAAAAAAUCUUUAUAAAUAAUUAUCAAAACUUAUAUAAACUACUUUCUGUUCAUCAAGAUGAAUUAUGUAACUAUCUUAAGAAGUCCAACUUAACUACCAUUACAAAAGAAUAUCAAGAGGUGUUAAAUAGCUCUAAAACUACUUCAGUAAUAUUACUUCAGUCUUCUACCAAAAAAUGGAAGAUGUUUUAACUCCUCAACAAUAUGAAAUAAUGAAUGGGGUUUUACAAAAAUAGAUUGAUCCGCGAGUAAUGGAAAUAAGCUAAUAUUACUUUAAUCCCAAAGGAAGGCCAUAAUACGAAAAAGACUCAAAACUAUAGACCCAUCUCUUUGUUAAACACGGAUUACAUAUUAUUUACAGCCAUUUACAGCUAACAGGUUAAAAAAGUGCUAAGAACUUGGACAAAUAGGGACCAGGCAGGUGUUUUGCCUUGUAGACAAAUUAAAGACAAUAUGAGAAGAAUAAUUAAUCUAAUUGAAUUUUUACAUUCCAAUAGAAACAGGCAGGCAGCCUUUAUAUGUUUGGAUGCAGAAAGAAGCAUUCAAUAAGACUUAUUGGCUUUAAAAAUGAUAAAUAGCGAUAACAAAUUUCUUUAUGCAUUAAAGAGCAUUUAUUCCAAUCAAAGGGCUACAGAAAAAGUCAGUGAUGAGUAUUCGAACUCCUUUCCCAUCCAGAGGGGAGUUAGGCAAGGCUACCUGCUCGCCCACCCCCUUGGUGUUUUUUAUUCUAGCAAUAGAAAUCUUGGCUAAUAAAAUAAGAGAUUCUGAAGAAAUUCUGAAGGCAUGGUUGUCAAACAAGAAACAUUCAAAAUAAGCAGAAUAAACCACAAUCAAGGAAUUGACAAUUGAUAACUAUGAGCUGGCAAAAAUAACUAUGAAAAAAUUUGGGCCAUUAUAAGAUUAAUUUGACCAGAUGGUCAAAACAAGAACUAUCAUUAAUGGGCCGCAUAGCGACAAUAAAAAUGAAUGUUCUCCCAAAAAUGAUAUACUUUGUCCAAAAUAUGCCAAUUCCACUAAAGGAUAACUUUUUAAAAAAUUUGGAAUUGAGACAUUUAAAAGUUUAUCUGGAAUGGGAGAAAACCACGAAUAAAAUUAAAAUAUCUACAGUAUGCUAAAGAAGGUGGGGGUUUGGCACUUCCCAAUUUGAAACUUUAUUACGAAGCUGCAACAUUAUCCUAGAUGAAAGAGUGGAUCAAACUAGAAAACAAAAAACUACUAAAACUAGAAAGAUAUGACCUGAAAUUUGGAUGGCCACCUAUUAGUAUACAGAAAAUUUAAAAAUGGACACGAACUUUUAAAAAAAUCAUAAGAAACAAUCUCAUCAGAAUAUGGAUUAAACCUUUAAAUACAUCUCAAAAAUUCCAAAUUGGACAUCACCACAGUAAGCAUUUCACAAACAACAAUAUAAAUACACAACUUGGCCAACAUACAAAAACUUAUUGAAAAUAGACAAUACAGUAGAGUCUCACUUAUCCAACAUAAACGGGCCAGCAGAAUGUUGGACAAGUGAAUAUGUUGGAUAAUAAGGAGGCAUUAAGGAAAAGCCUAUUAAACAUCAAAUUAGGUUAUGGUUUUACAAAUGAAGCACCAAAACAUCAUGUUAGACAACAAAUUUGGCAGAAAAAGUAGUUCAAUACGCAGUAAUGCUAUGUAGUAAUUACUGUAUUUAUGAAUUUAGCACCAAAAUAUCACGAUAUAUUGAAAACAUUGACUACAAAAAUGCGUUGGAUAAUCCAGAACGUUGGAUAAGCGAGUGUUGGAUAAGUGAGACUCUACUGUAAUAAGAAACAAUUAAAAUCCCUAUUGGAACUCCUAUUUUAAUAAUUUUUAAUUACAUUUCUAUUCAUUUCGUUACAAAAAAAAUCUCUACAAUUCAUAUAGUUAUUUCAUCUCCUUUUCCCCAUUGUGCUCCCCAUCUCCAGAGUCCUCCUUUUCCUUAUGAUCCCACCAGAACUUCAUUUCUUCUGGUGGAGGUUGAUUCCCAUCUUUUUUCCUUAAUGUUUCUUCAAUAAAUUUUUCCAUAUACUUUCAAAAUCAUUGUUUUUUCUUAGGCCUUUUAAAAAAUUCAGAUUGCAUGUUAAUUUAUUAUUUAUUGCUAAUUUCCAGAUUUCCUUAUACCAUUCUUAAUUUUCACCUCUCCUUUCCAAUUUUUUUUUGCUAUUAAUAGCCUUGCAGCUGUCAUUAUCAAAUUCUUUUCUUUUUCUUUCCAUUCAUCCAUAUUAUAAAUAGAUAACAGUACAGUUGCCGGGUUUAUGUUAAUUUUUUUCUUCAUAAUACUUUCUAUCUCUACCAUAACUUUUCCCCAAAACCUCUAUAUGUAUUUACAUUGUCACCACAUGUGAAUAUACACUCCCCUUUCUUGGCAGUCCCUCCAACAGCUCUUGUCAUGUUUUGUAUCUUUCUCGGGAUCAAGUUGUAGUAGUUUUCUUUUAUUCUAAUUGAUCAAUUUUUGAGAUGUCUAGCUCUCCAUAGUUUUUCUGAAUUUCUUUCUCCUAUUUCUAUUCUUGAUUCUUCCUCCCAUAGUUCCCUUAUUUGUAUCCCUUUUCUCCCCCCCUUUAAUCAUUGUUGACAAAGUUUUUGCAGUUCAAUAAUCCUUCCCCAGUUUUUUAUGAUAGAAACCAUUCAGAAAUGACAUUUAUAACCCAGGAACUCUUCCAGGGCAGAAAUACACAAUCAAAGCACUCUUGACAGAUGGGCAUCCAGCCUCUGGAUAAUAUAAUAAUCCUAGUUUGAAAGUUAUUUCCUGUUUAAUGAUGUAGUUCUUACUUUGAAAGUAGUUUGCCUCUGAAGCAGCGCCCUGAAAGACAUCAGUGGCUCCGUGGCCCAGAAAAGCAAAGACGGGAUCAAAAGGGAGGGGGCUAGAAAGAAUGUAUGAAGGAAGGAAGGAAGGAAGGAAGGAAGGAAGGAAGGAAGGAAGGAAGGAAGGAAGGAAAUCUGAAAGGAGAAUAGUCAAGAUUGAAAGGAAAAGAUGGGAAGGAAAAGAAAAGCGAGAGGUGCAGAUGUGGGAACAAGGAAAGAAGAAAGAAAAAGGGAGGACCAAAGGAAGGAAAAGACAGAUCCAAGGUGGAUGGAAGGAAGCAAAAGACAGGUAAAGGAAGGAAGGAGAAAAAAGGACGAAAAGGAAGAUGUAGAUGGAAGGGAAUAAAAAACAAGGAAGGAUGGAGACAGAAAAGGACUAAAAGGGAAAUAAUAGUUAUGAGAGCAAGCCAGAGAUUCCACCUAAACAGUUUUUUCAACCAUGGAAUUCACUGUUGCCUGUGAAUCCAGUAAUUCUCUGGAUUUCUCUGGAGGUUUAAAGAAGAGGCUAAAGGCCAUCUGUCGGGAGGGCUUUAAUUGUGUAUUCCUGUAUGACAGGAACAUCUGGUAAGUGCUGAUUGAGAAAUGAUGUUGGAUGUUGAGUUGAAGAAUGUGAGAGGGACAGACAGUUUACUGCCACUGCUGAACUGUGGGUGUACACAAUGUCCCAUCGCUCCUGCGGUGGCCGAACAGUUUGCUAUGGUUGGAACUCUUAGACCCAUCACAUUUACAUAACUGGAUGUGACUCCAGCAAGAGCCGCUGUAAAAUACAAAACUGAGUUUGUAAAUAUGGGUGUGGGGUCUCACCAAGAGUUACUACAAUUUGUAUUGACCCCUGUAAAUCAAUAUCCAGUGAUUUUGUGGAUGGCCUGGUUGAGGAGCAGGAAUCCCCAGGUUGACUGGACUUGGGGGUGCUACAAUUUUCCAGUGGAAUUUACUUUCCCCCACCCGGGUUCCAGGGAAGCACAAAGGAAGAAAUUGUGGGAGCGGUAGGAAGGGCCAGCCCUAGGUAAAUUUCAAGUGCAAGCAAGCAGUAUUUUUGCCACCCCCCCAAAAAAACCAAUCACUGAAAAAUAAAAGGUAAAGGUGAAUAGAAUAUAUAUGUGUGUGUGUAACACUCUCUCUCUCUCUAUCUAUCUAUCUAUCUAUAUAUAUAUGGUCCCUGCAUAUGUUUGUGUGUGUGUGUGUGUGUAUAUCUAUCUAAUAUAUACAUAAACAUACAAUGUGGAGAAUAUGUGGCAAGGUAGAUAGAUAGGUUGGGAGCCACGGCGGAGGAACCUUCCCGGGAGCAACAAACGAUUCCCCCUGGCAGGAAGCAGCCAAGUUUUGAAGCUGCAAAGCUAUUCAGUGCUAAUCAAGGUGGGCAAUUGAAACAUUCACACCUGCCUCCAACAGACAAGAGUUCAUUCUUUCUCUCACCCUGGACCUUCCACAGAUAUAUAAACUUUGUUUGUUUGUUUGCAGUAUUUAUUUUCCACCCUUCUCACUCCGAAGAGGACUCGGGACGGAUCACAAUGUACAUACAGUAGAGUCUCACUUAUCCAACAUAAACGGGCCAGCAGAAUGUUGGAUAAGCGAAUGUGUUGGAUAAUAAGGAGGCAUUAAGGAAAAGCCUAUUAAACCUCAAAUUAGGUUAUGAUUUUACAAAAACAUCAUGUUAGACAACAAAUUUGGCUGAAAAAGUAGUUCAAUACGCAGUAAUGCUAUGUAGUAAUUACUGUAUUUAUGAAUAUAGCACCAAAAUAUCACGAUAUAUUGAAAACAUUGACUACAAAAAUGCAUUGGAUAAUCCAGAACGUUGGAUAAGCGAGUGUUGGAUAAGUGAGACUCUACUGUAUUUGCAGUAUUUAUUUUCCACCCUUCUCACCCCAAAGGGGACUCAGGGCAGAUCACAAUGUACACAUAUAUGGCAAACAUUCAAUGCCAUUAAACAAACAACACACAGACAGACACAGAGGGUAUUUAACUUGACUAGUUUCCAACCUCUGAGGAUGCCUGCCAUAGAUGCGGGCGAAACGUCAGGGGAGAAUACUUUUGGAACAUGGCCAUACAGCCCAGAAAAUUCAUAGCAACCCAUUCCCCUGUGUUUUGAGCGUUGCUCUUUAUUUACUAUCCUGGUGUUAUGGUUUUUUUUAAUACUCAGUCUGUUUAGGGCUGUAAAUUGAAGCUUGAGCUGCCCCUGAAGACCUCCUUUCCUCAGAUGGGGCGAAAGGAGGUCACGGGGUCCCUCUUUGCAGAGCAGAAGGGCGAUGCAGGGCUCUUCUGAGGAUGCCAUUAAUCCCAAGGGGGGAAUGAAGAUGCAGAGAGGCAGGGAAAAGGUUUGGAGGGUGCAGAGACCCUGAGUGAGGAUCUUUGCAGGGAGAUCUCCAGGCUCUGGGUUGCUGUGAGUUUUCUGGGCUGUAUGGCCAUGUUCCAGAAGCAUUAUCUCCUGACGGUAUGGUAGGCAUCCUCAGAGGUGUGAGGUGUUGAGAACUAGGCAAAUGGGGUUUAUACAUCAUUCUAUAUAAUGUCCAGGGUGGAAGAAAGAACUCUUAUCUGUUGAAGGUAAGUGUGAAUGUUGCCAUUGGCCAGCUUGACUUGUCUUGUACCUUCAAAGCUUGGCUGCUUCCUGCCUGGGGGAAUCUGUUGUUGGGAGGUGUUACCUGGCCCUGAUUGUUUCCUGUCUGGAACUCCCCUGGUUUUUUUUAGUGUUGUUCUUUAUUUGCUGUCCUGAUUCUAGAGUUUUUAAAUACUGGUGGCCAGAUUUUGUUCAUUCUUACGAUUUCCACAUUUCUGUUGAAAUUGUCCACAUGCUUGUGGAUUUCAAUGGCUUCUCUGUGUCGUCUGACAUGGCGGUUACUAGAGUGGUCCAGCAUUUUUAUGUUCUCAAAUAAUAUUCUGUAUACAGGUUGGUUCAUCAAAUGCUCUGCUAUGGCUGGCUUCUCUGGUGGAAUUAGUCUGCAGUGCCUUUCAUGUGCCUUUGUUUGUGUCAGACUACACAGAGAAGGCACUGAAAUCCACAAGGAUGUGGACAAUUUCAACAGAAAGGAGGAAACAAUAAAAAUGAACAAAAUCUGGUUCCCAUUAUUAAAAAUCUCUAACAAUCAGGACAGUAAAUAAAGAACAACACUAAAAAACGGGAAUUCCAGACAUGAAUCAUCCAGGGCCAGGUAACACCUCUAAACAAAGGAUUCCCCAGGCAGCAAGCAGGCAGGGCUUGAAGCUGCAAGGUUUUGCAAUAGCAGCAUCCACACUUGCAUCAAACAGAUAGGAGUUCUUUUUUCCCACCCUGGACAUCAUUCCACGGAUACCUAAACCCCACUUGCCUUGUUUCCAACAGACUUCACAACCUCUAAGGAUGCCUGCCAUAGAUGUGGAUGAAACGUCAGGAGAGAAUGCUUCAGGAACAUGACCAGACAGCCCGGGAAAACUCCCAGCAACCCUGUGAUUCCGGCCAUGAAAGCCUUCGACAACACAUUUUUCAAACCAAUUUAUUUUGCCUCUGCCUAACAGCCCAAGGUCUUUUCCAUUUCAAGGUAAACAUCCAAUAAGGACUCCUUGGAGGGGGACUCUAGAGGCCAUCCAGUCCCACCUGGCAGGGUGCGGCCUGCUCGGAUCCCUUUCCACCACAGGCCCCGGACCUUCCCUCCCUCCCGCCCGCCCUUCCGUCGGACUGACAGACCUGAGCACCAGGGGUUGAAGAGCAGGACGAACUGGCUGAGGAGGUGGGCGUUGCCCUGCUGGACCUGGAGGCUGAGCUUCCACCGCUUGACGGGGCCGAGGACGGGCUGGUCAGCGUGAAUGUGAGCUGGUUGCCAUCCCGGCCCUCCAGCGACGCAUCCCACUAUCUGCUGCCCAGCAGCCCGCCUGAGACCGCCAAUGAGGCCUGCGUCCUGUGGGACUCUGACAGGGACGAACCUAGGGGGAGAGGGGUAAGCAAGCAGGGGGCUUCUCCAAUGGCAGGCAAGGGGAGAUAGAUAGAUAGAUAGAUGGCUUUGCUGCUAUAUCGCAUGCACACACACACACAUAUUUAUGACAUGAAUUUAUGGUAUGAACCGGACAUGCCUCAACUGCGCCCCCUAGAGGAUUGCGCCCUCAGAAAAUGUGUAGUUUGCCUAAUGCUUGAGUCGCCCCUGGCGGUAGACCAAGCGUCAUUGCCAGAGAUGGCAGAGCCACCAUGUAGUGGGGUAUCAGAAGUUUACCAUGAGUAUUUGGAUGUUUUUGAAGGAAAAGACUUAGACCAGUGAUUCCCAAAGUGGGCACUACCGCCCCCUGGUGCGAUCCAGGGGGGUGGUGAUGGCACCUAUUAGGAGACGGGGCGGAGCUAGAGGAGUGGGCAUGGCUUCUUCCCAAGAGCCCAAGACAGAGCUGAGAAUCUAUACCUCUCCUGAGGCUCUUGUUGGGACACAGAGGACGGAGCUAGGGAAGGGGGCGGGGCCUCCUUCCAAGAGCCUGAGACAGGGCUGAGCCUCUAUACCUCUCCUGAGAGACCUUUUAGGACUUAGGGGUGGGGCCUCUUCCCAAGAGCCUGAGACAGGGCUGAGCCUCUGUAUACCCUGAGGCGCUUGUUAGAACGUGGGGCGAGGUAUAGAGGUUCAGCCCCGUCGGGCAUUUGGGAAGAGGCUCCGCCCCCUCCUCUAGCCCCUCCCCCUCUGUCCUGGCAGGCGCCGCAGGACAGGGGUAGAAGCUCAGCCCUGCCUCAGAGCUCGUAACUGCGCAUCCCAGUCCUGGCCGCCCAUUUGUCCCACCCCCCCCCCCCCAGCCCAGCAUCUUGGAUUAGGGGAGAAGCUCAGCCCUGCCCCCUUGAGCAGGAGCCACGCCCACCCCUCUAAGCCAUGCCCCCCUUUCCAGGAGGGGCUGAGUAAUAUUUUUUCUGGGAAGGGGGCGGCAGGCCAAAUAAGUUUGGGAACCACUGAAUUAGACCACCUGCCCCCUUAUAAAAAGACUGACUGUGCUAUAAAUGUAGACCUGCAAGCCAAAUUGCCAAAGCCUAAAAUGAAUGCUUGUAGAAAAACUACUUAUAGGGAGUUCAUUGAUACACAUCUAGUAAGAGGUUUUCUAGACCCAGCCAAUUCCCCUCUGACUGCUCUUGUACUGUUCAGGUCAAAAAAGGAUGACACUGUAAGACUUUGUACUGAUUAUGGGGGCCUGAAUGCCAUAUACGCCACCCUGAGUCCCUUCGGGUGAGAAGGGCGGGAUAUAAGUGUUGGAAAUAAAUUAAUAUGCACCUCCAAUCAAUAUCCUGUGCGUCUAGUAAAAGAUAUGCUGGGCCACUAUUGAAGGGAAAAAUCUUUACAAAGUUGGACUUGUGAGUAGCAUAUUUUUAAAUCGGGACUAAAGAGUGGAAGACAGUAUUCAACUGCAAUGGGAUCUUCCCAUAUAGGGUGUUACCAUUUGGAAUUACCAGGGCUUUCCAGUGUUCAUGCAAAGGAUAAAUAAAUUAGUAUGUCCUUUGCUUUAUAAGGGAGUUCUAGUUUUCCUGAACAACAUAUUAAUUUAUUCAAAAAUGCUGGAGGAACAUAUAGCAGUGGUAAAGCAAGUGCUACAAAGACUUAAGAGAGAGAGACAGCUAUACGCUAAAUUCUCAAAGUGGAAGUUUCACAAAAAGAGAUUGGAUUACCUGGGGUAAUUUGAAUUGGAGGCACCACAUAUCAGAAGACACCUACAAAGUUGCUUAUAUUUGCCAAUUUCUACAGGCAAUUUAUGAAAGACUUUGCUAAAAUAACCCCACUGAUAGAUUUAUUGAGAACCAGGUGGAAAGGAGAGUCAGUUAAAGUGAAAUCUCGGGGAGCAAAAGUGCAGUGGAGUAGGGAGUGCCAAUUAGCUUUCGAUAAAUUGAAAACCUUGCUCACCCAACAACUUAUCUUGAAACGUCCAGACCCCAAACUGCCUUUUGCUGUCCAUUGCGACGCCUCGGACACUGCCUACGGGGCAGUAUUGUUUCAGAAACCCCUAGGGAAGGGACUGAUACUGUAAAUAAAUGGAUAAUAAAUAACUUUAUUUAUAUUCUGCCCUAUUUCCCUGAGGGGACUCAGAGCGGAUUCCAACAACAGAAGGCAAACAUUCAAAGCCUAUACAACAAAAAGUACAAAUACAUUGACAGAUCACCCAAAAUAAACUGACAUACCACAUUAGGCUCACAUAUAUCAAAUUAAUCCGACAUGUAAAAUCAAAUUAAACAAAACAAACAUCCUGGAAUUAAAUUAUAUGUGAUAUAAAAGCAUGGGACUGAGAGUAGGGCCUCCUCCUACUGACUGCAAUGGAGACUCCAUCAGACUCCCAGGCACUAUAUAUUAGAUUUGGAGAGGAUUCCAAGGCCAUCUAGUCUGAUCCCUACUUCUUGCCUUGCUGUAAUAUACGUUCUUCUACGUGGUCCCUGUGAAAUGCACACAUAUGGAAGUGUGGAUUUCACAGGUGACUACUCAAAGAAACAUGGUUACAGGUAAGUAACCCAUCCAUUUAAGCUUUCCAAAGUACUGGAAAGCGUUCCUACACAUGGUAGGAACAGAGUAACAACAAUUUGCAGGCAGGCUAUAUGAGAUCUGGAAGGGACUUGAAAGGUCAUCUAGUCUGACCCUCCUUCCUGCCAUUCAGAAUAUAGAAUUUGAGCCUUCCCCCCAAGAUUGGCCACCCAGCCUCUGUUUCACAGAACUCUAGAGGUAGAGAUUUCACCACUCUCCCAAGCAAUCUAUAUUAGAUUUGAAGGUCAUCCAGUCUGACCCCCCUUCCUGCAAUGCUGGAAUAUAUAAUUUAAGCCUUCCCAACAAAUGGCCACUCCAAGGUACUGAGUCUUAUUCUUUUGCAAAGGUCGAAUACAUUGGAAAACUCCCUUGAAAAGAUAUCUAUAUGAAUAAAACUCAAAAUAUCAGUUCAUGAAACCCAAACUCAAACAAUGAAUACUUCCAAUGCUUAUCCUCCAAAGAUAUUUAACUUGGGCAUUGCAGGGGAGCUAAGCUAGUUCACAAUCAUACCAAAACGCCACUGUUUGCUCGUAUCCAUUUUGAAGUACAAAAAAAUCACGGCCUAAUAAAUUACAAAAAUAUAGACUUUGUGAAAUUUCCUCCUGGAGGAAUACCUCAAAUGUGGUGCCAUAUCCCAAUCUGUGGUGAAUAAUUUCCUGUGAUUGUGAAACUACAACUUCCAUGAUUUCGUAGCACCGUGAGCCAUGGCAAUUAAAGCAGCAUGGAAGUGUAUUAAUUCUACAGUUCAGAUGCACCCUGGGAGGCCAGGUUCUGCAAACACUGUGUCUCUAGAGUAGUGGUUCUCAUCCUGUGGGUCCCCAGGUGUUUUGGCAUACUACUCCCAGAAAUCCCAGGCAAUUUACCAGCUGAUAGGUUGUCAGGGAGUUGAGGGCCAAAACAUCUGGGGACCCACAGGUGGAGAACCACUGCUCUAGAGACUUUGGAGCAGAGGCUGGAUGGUCAUCUGUUGAGAGAGCUUUGAUUGUAUGUUCCUGCAUAGCAAGAAUAGGGUCGAACUGGAUGGCCUCUUCAAUGUUUAACUAGGGGUUUUAAACUCAUGCCCUUCUGUGUUUCCUGCAUUUUGAUUUGUUUUGUGUAUUUCAAUAUAUGUUCUAUGUAAUGUAAUAUAGUUUAUAGAAAUACAUUUCAAUAUAUCUGCAAUGAGAAGAUGGGGUGAUAGGACAGAGAAAAGGCAGGACUACUUAAUGCCUUUGCCUCAGUCUUCUCACAAAAAGAAGGCCAUCUUCAACCUCAGCAAAAUGGAGUGGACAUGAACAUUAGGAAAAAUGUCCAAACUGAGCUGUUCAGCAGUGGAACUCUUUUCUUCGGACUGUGGUGGAGGCUCCUUUGGAGGCUUUUUAGCAGAGGCUGGAUGGCCAUCUGUCAAGGGUGCUUUGAAUGCAAUUUCCUGCUUAUUGGCAGAAUGGCGUUGGACUGGAUGGCCCACCAGAUCUCUUCCAACUCUAGGAUUCUAUAUGUAUUUUAUAAAAUGUUUUAUGAAGUGUUUUAACUCUGUUGUGUUUUGUGUCGAGCCAAGGAGAGGUGGGGAAGAAAUACAAUAAAAUAAUAAUACAAUUGCUAUCGAAUCUAGACUGCAAUAAUUUGAGGAUUCUGCCCCGCAAGGAAUGCUAGCAAUUAAUUCAGUUCCCAGAUUAGAUUAGAUAGCUAACCACAUACGGUAUUAUCCAGUAUGUAUUAGGUCCGUAUUUUAUUAUCUAUGCAUUUUAUCUCAUCAUUGUAUUUUUGCAUAGAUGUUUCAGUUCCUCCACCUAUGUAGACGAGAGAAUUGUAUUUGGUGGUUGACUGAUAUUUAUUAGGUCCCUAUUUUAUUAUCUACAUUUUAUCUCAUCAUUGUAUUCUUGCAUAGAUGUUUCAGUUCCUCCACCUAUGUAGACAACAGAAUUGUAUUUGAUGGUUGACUGAUAUUAUCAACUAUACCUUGGUUUUAUAUUGUAUUUUGUUUUUAUCUUGUUAUAUUGUGUAUUGUAUGUAUGUUGGUUUUUAUGUGAUUAUGCUGUCCGGGCUCUGCCCCAUGUAAGCUGCUCAAGUCCCCUUGGGGAGAUGGUGGUGGGGUAUAAAUAAAAUUAUUUUUAUCUCACUAAUGGUAGUUGAAGACAUAAGGCAGAGACAGAUUUAUUGAUCCAUGGCCAUAGGAAGGAGACCUGUGGGCUCAGGCCCAAGGCACAAGUCUGAGCAACAUGUGCUCCUUCCUGCAAGGAGCUAAAUAGUCUGUUUCAUUGCUACAGUUUGAAUCCUCCCUCCCUCGCUUAAGAUUGGCUGAGCCUUCGAUGAUGCAUCUACCCUGUUUCCCCUAAAAUAAGACAUCCCCAGAAAAUAAGACCUAGUAGAGGUUUUGCUGAAUUGCUAAAUAUAAGGCCUCCCCUGAAAGUAAGACCUAGACAAGUUUUUGUUUGGAAGCAUGACCGCCGAACAGAACACCAGAGCAUGCAGGAUUGGGAAAUGUACGUACCAUAGAGUGUUGUACAUGGAAAUAUUGGUAGUAACAAGAAAUUCUUGAUAGGAUUCACAGUUUGUCUGGUUAUGCUGGUUUGUGAUGACAACUACUGUACAGUAUAUAAUAAAUGUUCAUUUUUUUUGUUCAACAAUAAAUUUGAACAUAAAUUUCCAUUUCUUCAUGGAAAAAUAAGACAUCCCCUGAAAAUAAGACCUAGCGCAUCUUUGGGAGCAAAAAUUAAUAUAAGACACUGUCUUAUUUUCAGGGAAACACAAUAGAAAUCCUCUAGUUUCAGGGGGUGGGGAAAAGUCCAGAGGGGAGGUUGGCAUGUACCCAGGAGGAGAUGAUGGGAUUAUGAAAUCCAGGACCAGGAGAACCUUGGAGAUUCUCCUCAGGAGGAAGCUUGACUUGACAAACCAGUUUGGAGAGUAUAUGAAUGCCUCACCCUGGCAUUGUAGUUCCUUUGUUUGUGAGUUAUUGCCUGGGAUUAGUUCACAGUAGCAGGGUCGUUUAACAUGGAUUACAUAGAUUUAACAUGGGAAGGGGAUCCUUGCUGCUGCUACUCCUUUUGCAAGGUGGCCUUAAUCCCUUAAUCCCUUUUAUGCCAUUUCAACUUGAUGCCCUUUAGCAAACUACAGAUCCUUUUUUAUUUGGGGGAGGGGGGUUGUGGUGUUUGAUAACACUAUCUAAUAUAGGGUUGUAUGUUUUCCGGGCUAUAUGGCCAUGUUCUAGAAAUAUUCUCUCCUGACGUUUCACCCACAUCUAUGGCAGGCAUCCUCAGAGGUUGUGAGGUAUGGAGAAACUCGGCAAGGAGGAAACCAUGAAAAUGAACAAAAUCUGGCUACCAGUAUUUAAAAACUCAAAAAUCAGAACAGUAAUUAAGAAGCAACACCCUGAGACAUGGAAACUAGGGGCAGCUAACAAAGGAUGCCCCCAGGCAGAAAGUAGCCAGUAGAUGAAGCCAUUCAAUGCAAAUUAGGGUGAUUAACUGCAACAUUCACGCUGGCCUCCAACUGACAAGAGUUCUUCCCCCACCCUGGACUUCCCACAGAUAUAUAUAAACCUUCCUUGCUGAGUUUCUCCAUACCUCACAACCUCUGAGGAUGCCUGCCAUAGAUGUGGAACUCAAUCAACAGACCCAGUCUUUUAAAAUUGAACACGCCUAUCUGUAUUUUAGAAUGUGUUUUAUGAAUGUCUGAUGCAAGUUGAUAAUUUUUAACUGUUUUAUAGUGCAUUGUACAAUAUGUGUUUUGUUGUAAGCCGCCCUGAGUCCCCUGUUGGGUGAGAAGGGCGGGAUAUAAAUAUUGUAAUAAAUAAAUAAAUAAACAAACAAACAUCAGGAGAUAAUACUUCUGGAACAUGGCCAUACAGCCUGGAAAACAUACAACAACCCUGUGAUCCCGGCCAUGAAAGCCUUUGACAACACAUUAAGCAAGGAAGGUUUAUAUAUAUCUGUGGAAAGUCCAGGGUGAGAGAAGAACUCUUUGUCAAUUGGAGGCCAGUGUGAAUGUUGUAGUUAAUCACCUUGAUGAUCAUUGAAAAGCUUCAUCUCCUGCCUUUUUCUGCAUCCUUCGUUCAGAGUCAUUAGCUGCCACUGGUUCCCAUGUCUGGAACUCCUCUGUUUUCAGAGUGUUGCUUCUUAUUUACUGUUCUGAUUUUUUAGUUUUUUUUAAAUACUGGUAGCCAGAUUUUGUUCAUUUUCGUGGUUUCCUUCUUUAUGUUGAAGUUGUCCACAUGCUUGUGGAUGUCAGUGGCUUCUCUGUGUAGUCUGACAUGAUAGUUGUUGGAGUGGUCCAGCAUUUCUAUGUUCUCAAGUAAUAUACUUGGUUGGUUCAUCAGGUGCUCUGCUAUGGCUGAUUUCUCUGAUUUACUUAGUCUGCAGUGCCUUUGAUGUUUUUUUGACUCUUGUUUGGACAAUGCUGCUGCGUUUGGUGGUCCCUCUGUAGACUUGUCCAUAGCUGCAUGGGAUAAGGUAGACUCCUGCAGAGGAGAGAGGAUCCCUCUUGUCCUUCCCUGGCCGUAGCAUUGGUUGGAUUUCCUUUGUGGUUCUGUAGAUAGUUGGGACGAACUUCUCUUCCUGAUCUGAAAGGGUUGUUUCCUGUGUCAGGAGCUUCUCUCCCUCCUGGCGCUGCUUGGCAAAGGCUGCGGCCACGCCCCCUUCGCUUCCCAUUGGCCGGGAGGGAAGGGGGCGUUACGUCACUCAGACCACACCCCCUUUGCUGUAACCGCCGCCGCCGCCGCCAUUUCUGUGAGGAAGAAAGAAAAGGAAGAAGGCGAAGGCGGCGAGGCGGGAGCCAUUUCGGUCUCUUCCAACUGGGCAAAUACAGGGAAAUGAGGAUUCUGAGUCACCUUUUGGGUACAGCAAGGAAACCAAUAAUAUAGGAAGAAGAAGAAAAAUCCUCCCAAUGUGAUGGUCCCGCUGAAAACUUGGUCUCACAGAUAAGAAAGGAAAAAAGAAGAGCCAAGUAUCUGUAUUGCAAUUCAAUACUCACAACAUUGUUGACAUGGAGGACAAAGCUUCUAAAGCCCUGCAGUGUGGAAAGUGUUUCACACAGAGGGCUCAUCUGCAGCAACAUGAAAAGAUUCAUACUGGAGAUGAGCAGUAUGAAUGCAUGGAGUGUGGAAAUAACUUUACUCAUAAUUCAAAUCUACAUAAACAUCAAAGGAGUCACACUGGGGAGAAACGCUAUACAUGUUUGGAGUGUGGACAGAGCUACACUCGGAUUGCAAAUCUACAUUCACAUGAAAGAACCCACACUGGGGAGAAACCCUAUACCUGCCUGGAGUGUGGAAAGAGCUUCACUCACAGUUCAGGUCUACGUUCACAUCAGAAGACUCACACUGGGGAGAAACCAUAUCCAUGCCUGCAAUGUGGACAGAGCUUCAGUCAGAAUGCACACCUUCGUUCACAUCAGAGGACUCACACUGGGGAGAAACCCUAUACAUGCUUGGAGUGUGGACAGAGCUUCACUUUUAAUGGAAAUCUACGUAGACAUCAAAAGAUUCACACUGGGGAGAAGCCCUAUAAAUGCUUGGAGUGUGGCCAGAGCUUCAUUGAAAGUUCAACUCUAAAUUCACAUCAAAGGACUCACACUGGGGAGAAACCCUAUAAAUGCUUGGAGUGUGGACUGAGCUUCAUUGAUAGUUCAAAUCUAAGUUCACAUCAGAGGACCCACACUGAGGAGAAACCCUAUAAAUGCUUGGAGUGUGGACUGAGCUACAAGCGGAGUGCAGAUCUACACUCACAUUUAAGGACUCACACUGGGGAGAAACCUUACACAUGCCUGGAGUGUGGACAGAGCUUCACUUGGAGUUCAGGUCUACGAUCACAUCAAAAGACUCACACUGGGGAGAAAGCCUAUACAUGCCUGGAGUGUGGACAGAGCUUCAAUCAUAGUUCAAACCUUCGUUCACAUCAAAGGAUUCACAGUGGGGAGAAACCCUGUAAACCCUAUAAAUGCUCAGAGUGCGGAAAAAGCUACGCCCGGAGUUCAGAUCUACAUUUGCAUCAAUGGAUUCACACUGGGGAGAAACCAUAUAAAUGCUUGGAGUGUGGACAAUGCUUCACUCGGAGUGAAAAUCUACGUUUACAUAAAAGGAUUCACACAGGGGAGAAACCUUAUAAAUGCCUGGAGUGUGGAAAGAGCUUCUCUAUUAAAGGAAGUCUACGUAGACAUCAGAGGACUCACACUAUCCAAGCAGGCACAUCAGAUGUCCUCAGAGACAUGUUCCCGCCUCUCCUAUCCAAUCCAGCUGGCACAGGCCCAGCAGAUCCCGUCUUUCUCGGAAUCUCACCAGGAGAUAAUGUUGGACAGAGAGCUUCAGGAUUUGCCACUUAGUUCCACCCAUACCGUGAUCCAGGUGCGAGAACAGCAGCUGCUGUCACUGAUCCCUCUAACUGUUGGUCGUCAACAACAAGAAAGGCAGACAAACGGCAGGACUGGUCAAAGCAGCACCCGGAGGGAUAACCAAACCCCCUCCACAACAUUCCCGACCAGAGCAGAGACUGGAAAAACACAAACCACUACCACUAUCCCUCCCUUCAGACCAUCAUCGUAGGUCGGAGGAAGAUGACCCAGACAUGAGAAUACCGGCUUCAUCCACUCAGUCAGCCUCAACCUCUCACCCAACGUGGACAAUUACCUGAUUGAUCACCUACAGAUAAAAUGUGAGACGAUGAGGGCCUCAAACAGCUAAAGCACCUCUGAGCUCAACUUCAUCGUAGUCAAGUCAUUGCAGCCUUCCGAGAAACGAUGCCACGCCAUCAGAGUGGUUUGACUUAGUUGGUCACAAGCUUUACUCACCAGUAUGGCCAUUUACGGAGCCUGCAUGAGAGCGUACCAGGAGCUCCUUUGGGACAAGGUCCAAGCCUUCCACACAAAGCUCCCAGAGGAAGACCGGGUGGUCCUCAGCACCCUAAGAUAAGCAAACCUGAUCCAGAAGGUGAAGCACUCAGGUGACACUGAAGGCAAGAUGCCCAUGCAUGUGAUAGCCAUAUAUACGGCUGUGCUCAUCACGACUAUUAACAGCCUCCAGACAGGUCAUUGAGUGUCUUCCCUUCAAUGCCCUUGGCCUGUUCAACUCGGGAUGAAUGACAAAGCAAAGUCCAACCACGAGUUCAAGAGUUCAAGCCCAACCCCAACAGCAGCCCCAGAGGACCAAGUGGUACGAACCCUGGUACAGGAGACCAAACCAGCCAGCAGCAAAGGCCAUCUCCAGCCCCGCCAGCACAACAUCAGUGCAAUAUCCUCUGUUUAAAAGCCUCCAAAGAAGAAGACUCCACCACACUCUGGGGCAAAGAGUUCCAUUGCUGAACAGCUCUCACAGAAAGUUAUUCUUCAUGUUCACGUGGAACAAAGAUAUAUGGAGAUCUCAAAAUUCAAACAAUAAAGAUAUACUUUUUACUCUGUCACCAAUCCUACUGCAAAAUAGACAUGUGAAAUUUAUAAUGGGAUAAAAUACUCUUAUGAUACAUCCAACACAUAUCUCACACCACAACCCAAUAUUUAUGGAAAUAAAAUUAACACCAAGAAAAUUUAUAUACUCAAUGGAAAUAUGUUAAGAAAAGAAAACAUUGUUGAAAAAUGCAAAAAGAAGAUUAGGGAAUUUUAAAAAACAAUUUGACCCUGGGAGUGUCACUAAGAUCUAUUUAGGACACAAUGAAAGUCUAUAUGAGUGGCUUGAAUCUCGUGUUUUUUUCAUUCAAAAAUAUUGUGAACAUAAAAAGAAGCAUUGUCAAAUAUACAAAAUCCAACAUAAAAUUCAAGAGUAAAAAAACCAAAUUAGAUAUCUCUUAGUAAAUACCAAAUUAAAAGAAAAACUUAAGCAACUAAAAGUACAAGUAUCCAUGCUCCUGACAGAUAAAAUGGAAAAAACUGUAAUUUGCAAAACAAAAUAGUUUUGAGCACACAUAUAAACUAGAUGGCUGUCCAACAAACUAAAAAAAAGCAGAAAAAAAUAAUUAAAACAAUUGAAAUCACGAGAGAUGCAAAUAUACAAAAAAAUGAGGUAUUACCAAAACUUAUAUAAACUACAACUUAACCAACAUUAUAAAAAAAAGAUCAAGAGGUGUUAAAUAGCCCUUUAACUACUUCAAUAACAAUUCAAUCUUCUACCAAAAAAUGGAAGAUGUUCUAACUCAACUAUAUAAAAAAAUGAAUGAGGCUUUACAAAAUGGAUUGCUCUGCGAUUCAUUGAAAGAAGUUAAUAGUACUUUAAUCUCAAGAAAAGGCCAGAAUACAAAAAAACCUCAAAACUAUAGACCCAUCUCUUGGUAAAACACGGAUUACAACAUAUUUACAGCCAUAUUGGCUAACAGGUUAAAAAAGUACAAAGAACUUGGACAAAUAUGGACCAGGCAGUUUUUUUUUUUGCCUUGUAGACUAACUAAAGACAAUAUGAGAACGAUAAUUAACCUAAUUGAAUUUUUACAUUCCAGUAGAAAUAAGCAGGCAGCCUUUGUAUUUUUAGAUGCAGAAAAAGCAUUUGAUAAGAUUCGCUGGCUUUAAAAAUGACAGCCAGUAAGUUUGCUGGGAUUUCUGGAAGUUUAAGUCCAAAAUACCUGGAGAGCUGAAGUUUGCUCAUGCCUGCUAGAGAUUCAUAUCUCCAUUUCCUUAACCCUUCAGUGUAAUGUGCUGUGACCACAUGUCAAUUAGAACUGUAUUUUUCACACAUUGGAGUUACAAACAGUGUAUUGGGUUGUGUGUCUUCCGGGCUGUAUGGCCAGGUUCCCGAAGCAUUCUCUCCUGACGUUUCGCCCACAUCUAUGGCAGGCAUCCUCACUGGUCAGUCUCAGGUCAUUACCGGGAAAGAUUCUGGAACAUAUCAUUAAGGAAAUGGUCUGCAAACACUUUAAAACAAAUGCGGUCAUCACUAAUAGUCAACACGGAUUUAUUAAAAACAAGUCAUGCCAGAUUAAUCUGAUCUCUUUUCGAUAAAGUUACAAGCUGAGUAGAUGCGAGGAACACCAUGGAUGUAGCCUAUCUCGAUUUCAGUAAGGCCUUCAACAAGGUCCCCCAUGACCUUCUGGCAAACAAACUAGUCAAAUGUGGGCUAGACAUAACUACGGUUAGGUGGAUCUCUAAUUGGCUAAGUGGGACUCCACUUGUCACUUCUUUCCAGGAUGAAGAGAAAACAAAUGUUUCCUCUUCAUCCUGGAAAGAAGUGACAAGUGGAGUGCCUCAAGGUUCCGUCGUGGGCCCAGUUCUGUUUACCAUCUUUAUUAAUGACUUAGAUCAGUGAUUCCCAAAGUGGUCGCUGCCACCCCCUGGUGGGCGCUGCAGCAAUCCAAGGGAGCGGUGAUGGCCACAGGUACAUAUAACUUUCUGUUUAAUUACUAUUAAAAUUAAAAAAAACAAUUUCCAGGGCACUGAGUAAUAGUUUUUCUGGAAAGGGGGUGGUAAGCCAAAUAAGUUUGUGAACCUAUGAUGUAGAUGAAGGGUUAGAAGGCAUGAUCAUCAAGUUUGCAGGCAACACCAAACGGAGGGAUAGCUAAUACUCCAGAAGACAGGAGCAGAAUCCAAAACAAUCUUAACAGAUUAGAGAGAUGGCUGAAACUAACAAAAUUAAGUUAAACUGGGCCAAAUGCAAGAUACUCCAGUUAGGCAGAAAUAAUGAAAUGCAAAGAUACAGUAUGGGGGACGAUGCCUAGCUCGACAGUAGUACAUGUGAAAAAGAUCUUGGAGUUCCCGUGGACAACAAUUUAAACAUGAGCCAACAAUGUGAUGCGGUGGCUAAGAAAGCCAAGGAAGAGUCUAGUGUCUAGAUCCAGGGAAGUCAUGCUACCUGUCUAUUCCACUGUUAGUGAAGGAGGAUUUGGGUUUAUGCAGGCUGACCAUGUUGAUGAGGGAAAUGUUGAAGGCUCUGAAUUGUUAGAGAGGCCACAGACUAGCAGUGAAACAGAAGCCAGUGGUAAGGGUGACCUUUCACAGGAUUCAGAAUAUCAACAGUCGAGAACAACAAGUUGCAGGUGCCUAGCAGCGAGUCAGAGGAGUCUUCAUUAGAUAGGGAUACUAGGUUAAGGUUAAAAGUUCAAAGUCCCAGACGUUCUCUUAGGAUAGCUGGUAAAGGUGUGGGAACCCAAGGACAAAGGGAUGCUUUUUUGGCCUUUAAGCAUGGUUAAAUAGGGGAGAAACAAGGAAAGAUUUCAGAUGAAGCAACAUUGGUUUUGGAAGCAGAGUUCCUGCCUUGUCUAUGCUCUUGGAAAAGUAUUCUUGCUUUUGUUCAUGCCUUGAUCUUGUAUUUUGGAUUGCGUUUUGCAGUUCAUGCUGCAUUCAGGAUUGAUUUGCUAGAGACUUUGAACUAUAUUCUACUGACUGCCUUUACAUUUGGAUUAUUGCUUUCUUUACUGCUUUUUAUUCAGACUUUGCUAUCUUUUAUCAAUAAACUUUAAACCAAG